AUGAAAUUUGCUUGUGGAAUUGUGUUGUUGGUUGUUAUUUACACAACCACUGCAAGAUUCGUGCCGUUUGAAGAUGUUCGAGAUGUUGAGGUAAAAGAGAACUUUCACCCUCCCUGCAUUGAUUGGCUAAUGGUCGCUUUAAAAUCUGAACCUUUAUAAUAAAACGUGUAUACGGUAUUUACUCGUUUAAAUAUGGCGCUUAUUUGAAGGCGGCGCUUUUUCGAGGGCGGCGCUCUUAAUCUUUAUAUUUUUUUUUUGUAAGCGCUAACAUGAAAUAUUCGCAACCAAAUAUAACAGAAAAAACACUGAAAUGUAGGAGAAAAACGUUCUAAGGCUUGUUAAAGAUUGCAACCUCGUAACCAGGGCGUUUUCCUUCCGCGGUUGGGUGUCGCAAACCAUUUUUCAGACGGUGCUUCGAUUAGGCGCCGCGUUGGGUUGUGAUAAGUGCGGCGCUUAAUUCGGGAGCGGCGCUCAAUCGGCGCUUAAACGAGUAAAUACGAUAUCUAAACUGGUUUUUUUUAGACUGAGGAUUUUGUAAAGGCAGGUGAACGCUUUCUAGAGCUGUUACAAAAGAAAAUCUCUGAGCAAGAUGCAAGAUUUAAAAAGAUUGAAGAAAUACUAAAUACUAGUAAGUCCCAGAUGUAAGAUGGUCUUUAUUAGGGCAAUUUUAUGUUUCCAAACGCAACAAUGAUUUAAGGUUUAUGGUCUCUCUCCUCCGCAGAGGCUUUAGUUUUCUUAGGAUUUAAUAUUACGAGAUACAUUUCACUACACUUUACAUGGCGGAUCUUGGAACACGAGCGUAGCCGCUGGGCGAAGGAGCGCAGGGGUGCCCUCCAGUUGUUUCUUGUUUUAGUAAUACGGCUAUAAAAAUCGUUCAGGAAAGUCUGUCCGAAGGGCUCAUAAAACUCCAUAAAACGCGCACCUUCGGGGUGGCAAAAUGCGAGAUUUGAGAGGGCAGUCAAUAGAGAGGACUUUAUGAAUUUCUUCUUUUAAAAUGGGUUGGAGCUUAUUAGAGAGAGACUCCAUAGGGGAUUUACGUUAACUUUACAAGUUAUAAUUCUAUUUUAUUUCAGCCACGUUAAGUUAUGGUUCAAAAUUAAACCCCGGUCUUGUAAAGAUAUCCAGGCAAGAGAUAAACUCGUAG